AGAACCCGGUUCAGUGUUUGCCCUAAAAUUUGUACCUCCUCCAGUUUUCGCUGUGCAGUUUCAAAUUGGCACUUUGUGAAGAUGGAUGCUUCAGCUGCUGACGUCACACCUCAAGCUCCGACCAAAUGGGAUUUCAGUUGCAACUUGGAAGUAGAUUACGAGUCCGAUGAAAUUGCCCGUAUUGUUUACGCUGCACUAGCUGUCGAUAAGGAGUUACAACCAGAUAAGGUAAAGAGGCAGAUGAAAGUCGCUAAUGGAAAGCUUUAUGUGCAUUUUGAGGCAACCGAAGCAAGAUUUCUGCGUGCAUCGUAUAGCUCGUUUGUUGAUAUUCUUACACUCGCCACCAAGACAGUCGAAGAAUUUGGUCAAGGGAUCAUGUUGUGACAUUCAAGAUUUGCUAUUUACAACAACCGUAUAAGUAUCAAAACCUUAUACGGUUGUACUUUAUUGUACUGCAUACGAUUUACUGCCGAUUGAGUUUCUUGAUUUUUCUCGACUAUA